AUCGCCAUUUAUUCGACGCUCUCGAACACCGUCGACGUGACGAACUUAUAGAAUCCCCUAUCACAACCUUACAAGGUCAAAACAGUUCUACCUCCCCUCCAAAAAAAAAAACAUUUAUUUAUUAGUAUAUAUCGAUUAUUAUUAUUAUUAAUAUUAUUAUUUAUCCUCUGAUUAUCAACCCUAGAGUAUUUUAAUGGCAUCCACGGCCUUUACGGUUCGAGUGCCCUCUCGCGUGCUCCUUCGAAUCCGCGGGGCCGAGGCCCACGAUCUUUUGCAGGGCCUUUUCACUAACGACCUGCGCGAGCUGCGCCCCGGGGGUAGUUUGUGGGGCUGUUUUCUCUUCUUCACCGGGCGGGUGAUGUGCGAUGCCUAUCUCUACCAAUCACGCCAUUUACACCUCGGGCAGGCCUCCAUUUUGGUCGAGAUCCAUCGCGGCUGUCGAGACCACCUCCUCGAGCAUCUUCGCGAGAUGCGGCUGCGGAAAAAAGUCCAAAUCGACGACGUCUCCAACGAGUUGAGCGUGUUCGCGUCGUUUGGACCUGAGGAUGGGAGGGGCGAGGACCUUCGCGGUGGGAUUUCGCCCGAUCCGACGGCGGGGAAGGAUGGUUUGGAUUCCUUUACCCUCCUCGAGGCCAACGCGGAGAGGUUUGACGACCCCCGCCAGUUUGCGCUGUCCAGCGGGGAAAAUUCCGCCUCAUCGUCGUUUGGGUUAAUCAAGACGAUUAUUUCGGAAUCCUGGGCACCUCGCACCACCCUUUGCGGGGAUGUUUACACUCAAUUGCUGCUUUCAAAUGGGAUCGGGGAGGGUCCGGAGGUGUUUAAAUUCAACAAAACCUUCCCGUUCGAAGCCAACGUUGACUUUCUUCACGGCGUUUCUUUUCACAAAGGCUGCUAUUUAGGCCAGGAGCUCACCCACCGAACCCACGUCAUGUUGGUGACCCGCAAACGCAAUGUCCCGUUGGUCUUUCCCACCGUGAAAGAUUCCCCGCUUUCGUCCUCACUCGAGGAUGGGCUUUAUAGUUCCGAGAAGGAAAAAGUUGGGGAGAUCACCACUGUCAGUGGGGGCUACGGGCUGGGUUUGAUUCGUAUGAAAUACGUCGAUAAAGAGCGCAAGAUAAUUCCCGGGUUGUCGUUAAAGGACGGAACACCGGUAGAGAUGUCGAUUCCGUCGUGGUGGCCUCAAAAGGAAGUGAAAAAAAUGCUAAAAGGUAACUAA